AUGGUCAAAUGCAUCAUCACAUCUAUUUUACGGGAAUACCCUCAACAAGCUCUUUGGAUGAUGGCUGCAGUGUCUAAUUCCACUGUUCUGGCAAGACGAGAUGCUGCUGCAGAAAUAUUGCAGUCAGCAAAGAAAGGAUGUCGGCGUGGGAGUAAUGCACUCUUCAGUCAAUUUACUAAUCUUAUAGGCCAUCUUAUUAGGCUCUGCUCUCAUCCAGGGCAACCAAGGGUGAAAACAAUAAACAUCUCAACUGAGUUCAGUGCCUUGAAAAGAAUGAUGCCACUAGGAAUUAUCUUACCUGUCCAGCAAGCUUUAACUGUGACUCUGCCAUCAUAUGAUUCAAAUAUGUCGGAUCAAUCUGGUUUUCACCCCUUCUCAGUCUCUCAACAUCCCACUAUAGCUGGAAUAGCUGAUGAAGCAGAAAUUCUUAACUCCCUUCAGAAACCAAAGAAGGUUGUUUUCCUCGGAAGUGAUGGAGUUGAACGUCCAUUUCUUUGCAAACCUAAGGAUGAUCUUAGGAAAGACUCACGCAUGAUGGAGUUCAAUGCAAUGAUCAACCGUCUCCUCUCCACGGUCCCUGAGAGCCGCAGGAGAAAGCUCUAUAUCAGAACCUUUGCAGUGGUACCACUUACCGAAGAUUGUGGAAUGGUAGAAUGGGUGCCCAAUACUCGUGGUCUUCGGCAUAUUCUUCAGGACAUCUACAUAACUUUUGGGAAGUUUUAUAGGGCGAAAACAAAUUCACAAAUCAAGAAGAUAUAUGACACAUGCCAUGGGAAGAUGCCUGACGAUGUGAUGCUGAAGACCAGAAUCCUUCCAAUGUUUCCCUCAGUUUUCCACAAAUGGUUCUUGACAACAUUCUCUGAACCAGCUGCAUGGUUUCAUGCUAGAGUGGCAUAUGCACAUACCACGGCAGUGUGGUCAAUGGUUGGGCACAUCGUGGGGCUGGGCGACAGGCAUGGUGAAAACAUCCUCUUCGACUCGACGACCGGGGACUGUGUUCACGUGGAUUUUAGCUGCCUGUUUGAUAGGGGCUUGCUACUGGACAAGCCUGAGGUGGUGCCGUUUAGGCUUACACAGAACAUGAUCGAUGGCUUGGGCAUCACUGGGUAUGAAGGCGUAUUUUUAAAGGUCUGUGAAAUCACUCUAUCUGUUCUCAGGACCCACAAGGAGACCCUCAUGACUGUCCUUGAGACCUUCAUCCAUGAUCCACUCGUCGAGUGGACCAAACUUAACAAGUCUAGCGGAGGUGAAGUCCAGAACCCACACGCGCAGAGGGCCAUCACUAACAUCAAAGCGAGGCUCCAGGGAGUUCUGGUGGGUGCUAAAGCCAGCCCUUCACUGCCGCUCUCCGUGGAAGGCCAAGCGCGGCGGCUGAUCGCUGAAGCAGUCUCCCUCAACAACCUCGGCAAAAUGUACAUCUGGUGGAUGCCAUGGUUCUAA